CCCGCGGCGGCUUUGGCGAGGUCUUCAAGGCAUCCUACUUUGGCUCCGACGUUGCCGUCAAGCAGCUUCUGGCCAGCUACAGCGAGCGCGAAAUUGUCGAGUUCCGCCGCGAGAUCGACAUCUGGCACAAGCUCAACCAUCGCCACAUCCUCCCGCUCAACGGGGCCUGCGAUAUCUCGGAGCGACCCUUCAUGGUUUCGCCUUUCAUGCCCAACGGCACCCUUCACAACCAUGUGACCGAGCCCGGCCACAGCCGUCCCUUGGCCGAGAAGCUCAGAUUGAUGUACCAGGUGGCCUCGGGAAUGACCUAUCUCCAUGGCAAAAACAUUGUCCACGGCGAUCUCAAGCCCGCCAAUAUCCUCCUCGACGUUGGAUACCGCGUCGUCAUCUCUGACUUUGGCUUGUCUCGCACCAAGUACACAUCGUCCACCGCAAAGCGGGUCAAGUCGGAUGCAGGCGCCGGGGGCACCUUUGAGUACAUGGCACCCGAGAUGCUGGAUGAAGAGGACCCCUGCGGCGCCAACAAGAAAACCGAUGUCUACGCCUUUGCGAUCAUGUUUUAUGAGGUGCUCGGCGAUGGACGAAGCAUAUGGGUUACCAACGACGGCCAGCCGAUGCGGGAGAAAGCGAUCGCCCUCCGGAUCGCCCGGGGCAAGCGACCGCUGCGAUUCGAUGGCAUCCCGGACGAGAUUUGGUCGCUCAUCGAGCACUGCUGGGACCACGAUCCCGAUCGCCGCCCCGGUUUCGCCGAGAUUCUUGGGGUUCUGGAGGACUACAAGAACGAUGCCCCGCCUGAUAAGGGCCACAUUCGCAACCACCCCUCUGUCGGCAGCUCCAUUUGGAAUACCCUGUCCCUGGACCGCCCCUCGGAUGGCAGCGCAUCCCUCGAUCGGCCCUCUGGGGAGCCCGCGUCAAGAAAUCCUCUCUCUGCACCGGCUUCCGCAUCGGUCUCUGGAUCUGCCUCUGUGCCUGCCUCUGCUUCUGCCUCUGCCUCUGCCUCUGCAUCUGCAUCUGCCCCGGCCCCUGUAGCAGCAGCUCUGAGCGACCGCAGGCGUCUCCUCACAAAGCCGUCGUUUCAUUCAGACGACUCGUGGGCCAGGAGAACAACCGAUCUGUUGCUGGAUCUCCAGUCUGAUCCCUCGGACUCGAUCGCCCAGUCGCCCAGCCGCCCCCCGUCAACGCGGAGCGGGGUGUCGGGCCUGAGCAACACACUCCACCGCGAUGGCUCUGCUUGGAGCGAUGCCGACUCGAUACACGGCAACGAGCAGCCGAGUCGACCCGCUUCAAGCCAGGGCACCGCGGGGCGGAUGUACGAGAGGCUUGUCUCGUUCGAUGACUCCGAAGCCGGCUUCCAGCUCGGCUGGCUCUACCUCACUGGCACGGGAGUUCAGCAGAGCGACCGGGAUGCCUACAUGUGCUGGAAGCAAGUCUUCACGCGAUCGACCGAUCCCAUCCACAAACCCAUCGCAACCUUUAUGAUCGGCUGGCUGUACUACCUCGGCCGCGGACUCCGCCAAGAUAAGCAAAAGGGAAUCGAGUUUAUUCGGCAGAGCAAAACCGCAGAGUUUGAUCUUGGAGAAGAAGAAGUCAUGUCCCCCGAGACUCCAAUCUCGUCCAAAUCGGCCGCUGCACAGACGCUGCUUCAGCUGUGCCUGUUUGGCGCAGAUCAAGACUGGCUCUGCAACCACUUGGCCGCCAUAUGCCUCGCCUCUGGAUUUGGCACCGCCAAAGAUCCGCACAGAGCCUUCCAGAAGCUGCAGGCGUUGGCCAGUCAGGAUUAUGAUAUCAGCCAGUAUUGGCUCGGGGUCUGCUACGGCAAAGGGUGGGGCGUGUGUGCCGACCACGAAAAGUUCUUCCAGUGGUGCCGCAAGUCUGCCAACCACGGCAACGCCUACGCCCAAGACAUUGUCGGCCGAUGUUACGAGCAAGGCUGGGGCGUGAGCCGUGAUCCCUCCCGAGCCGUCGAGUGGUAUCAGGUCUCGGCCAAGCAAGGAAACCGCUACGGCCAGUACAGCCUCGGCCUGUGCUAUCAAGCUGGGACGGGCAUCGCCAAGGACGAGGUAGCAGCCGUGCGGUGGUGCUUCAAAUCAGCCGAGCAAGGGUACGACCACGCCCAGUUCAGCCUGGCGAUCUGCUAUCGGAACGGCCACGGAGUGCCUCGAAGCUUUACCAAGGCUGCCGAGUGGUGCACCAAAUCGGCAGAGCAGGGAAACUUGGACGCGCAAUGUAUCUUGGCCUCGUGCUUCGAGAAGGGCACCGGGGUUAGCCCGAGUUUUGAAACGGCUGCGUAUUGGUACGGGAGGGCAGCGGCAAGAGGCCACCGCGCCGCGAUCGAGAGACUGCAGAAGCUCCGGAUGCGAGGCCUGGUGGUUUAAAAUGGAUGACUUGACUGUCCAACGUUGACACAGGGAGCCUGCUUUUGUUUCAAUAAAAGAGCGAAUUUAUGCAAUCGAGGGGACGUCAAAGCCGCUGCCG